UCUUUGUUCAUUCAAUUGGCUCGAUCUGUCGGAGGCUCAAUCUCUCUGCAGGCUUGGUGAGCGUGGGUCUCUGAUAAGAUUGAAAGUAAUUCUCAGGAUGAAGAUAAGCAACAACCUGUUGGGUCUUCUCAACAUCCUCAUCUUCUUCGUAUCGAUUCCAAUUGUCUAUUUCGGGAUAAUUGCGAACAAGACACACAGCGGAGGAGAGUGCCUCGACCUUUUUAGGAAGCCCUUCCUUGUAGUCGGCGUUUUCGUCAUGGUGAUGUCAAUCUUCGGCAUAAUCGGGGGGUGUUGCCGGGUCCCUUCGAUCCUAUGGACGUACCUCGCCAUCAUGUUCCUCGUCUUGUUCGCCUACUUCUCCGUAUGGAUCUUCGCCUUCUUUAUCACUUGGAAACCAGGUGGUGGAACGGAGAUUAUUGGUACGGGGCACAAGGAGUUUAAGCUUAAUCGAUACACCGAGUGGAUGCAGAUGAGGGUUCAAGACAAAAAGAAUUGGAAGAAGAUCAAGCACUGUCUCAUUCUUGGCGAUUACUGCCCUAAUUUGAUGCCCGGAAAUGGCACUUCCCUCCGGGAUUUCAACAAAGUGGAAUUGGCACCAGUUUUGUCCAGUUGUUGUAAGCCAUCAGUUGAGUGUGGAUUUAGCUAUGAGAACCCUACCGUGUGGAAGAAGAAGAAUAACAGUGCUUCUUCCAACCCUGACUGUAAAGCAUGGGACAACGACCGAAAAGUUAUGUGCUUCAACUGCGAGUCUUGCAAGGCUGGAAUGCUGGAACAACUAAUAAUUUCUUGGAAGGCGAUGCACCUUUUCAGAACCCUAAUGCUUGGCUUCCUCUGUUUUGUGUACGCUGUUGCAUGCUGCGCAUUCAAAAACACCAGAGAGAAAUUCUGACCAUUAAUGGACGCAUGCAUGCAUUGAGAAGUUAAUUGGACGCAUGAGAUGAUCAUCAUGUAGAUCAAUACUGUUUCAAUGUAGGAUUGGGAGCUACCCAACAAAGAACCGAGUUCCUACGCGCAUCCUUUAUUUAUUUAUAUUUCUCUA